UUUUUCGUUUCAAGUCUUAUUCCUUUACCAAAAGCCAACUCACUCACAAACCUUAUCCAUAUCCCCCUAUAUAAUAACAGCAUAUGUACUUCUUCAUAAUUCAAACGCAACUCAACCAACAAAACAAGCAACUAAGAACUUUCCCACUUCUACAAAGAAAUAUUUCAAAGAAACCAAUGAGUUCAACAAGCAGAGCUUGGAUUGCAGCAGCAUGUAUAGGAGUAGUUGAAGCUUUGAAAGACCAAGGUGUUUGCAGAUGGAAUUCUACUUUGAGAUCAAUACAACACCACACAAAAGCCAAUCUCAGAUCCUAUUCUCACGCCAAGAAGAUCCCAACUUCUCAGUAUUUGUCUAAUAACUUUAGAAAUGACAAGUUGAAGCAAUCUGAGGAAUCACUUAGAACAGUCAUGUAUUUAAGCUGUUGGGGUCCCAACAAUUGAGGCCCUUUUGUGUCUUCUCUUCUUUUCCUUUUUGUAAAUUCUCUAAAAUUUUUAGUGAAAUACAUAUACAUGGAUUAAAUCA